AUGGGGGACUUCUCGUCUUGCAAAGAGGCAGACAUGUUAACUCCUUUGAACUCAACAGAACACAUACAGGACAUGAGUUCAGAAAAGACCUGUCUGUCUGUGGUAACUGAUGAAUUCAAAUGCAUAGCCAAAAUAGCUCUUCCGUUGGUGCUGACGGGUCUUUUGCUCUACUCUCGAUCGAUGAUUUCCAUGAUGUUUCUCGGCCGGCUAGGGGAGUUGGCUUUAGCCGGUGGAUCACUUGCUAUUGGAUUUGCAAACAUCACUGGCUACUCGGUUCUCUCUGGCCUUUCCAUGGGGAUGGAACCCAUCUGUGGUCAAGCUUUUGGUGCUAAAAGAUACAAAAUCCUUGGCCUCGCCAUGCAGAAAAUGAUCUUGUUGCUUCUUUCAACUUCAAUCAUCAUUGCUUCUUUGUGGUUGAACAUGAAAAAUAUACUUCUCCUUUUUCGACAAGAUGUAAACAUCGCCAAUGAAGCUCGAGUCUACAUUCUUUAUUCUCUUCCAGACCUUGUUGCACAAUCUGUUUUACAUCCUUUACGUGCAUAUUUGAGGACUCAGUCUAUAACUCUGCCUCUCACAUGCUGUUCAGCAGUGGCAAUUCUUCUCCACAUCCCCAUAAACUACCUUCUUGUCUCUGUGCUCAACCUUGGCAUCAAGGGUGUUGCUUUAGGCUCCGUUUGGACCAACAUAAAUCUCGUCGCUUUGUUGAUUAUUUACGUGAAAAUCUCAGGCGUUUACAAGAAAACAUGGGACGGAAUUUCCUCAGAGUGCUUGAAAGGAUGGAAAUAUUUAUUGGAGUUAUCCAUUCCCAGCUGCUUUUCGGUUUGCCUGGAAUGGUGGUGGUAUGAGAUCAUGAUUUUAUUAUGUGGAUUGUUGUUGAACCCUCAAGCAACCAUUGCUUCAAUGGGGAUUUUGAUUCAAACAACAUCAUUGAUAUACAUUUUCCCAUCUUCCUUGAGCUUUGGUGUGUCAACUAGAGUUGGGAAUGAACUUGGAGCUGACAAUCCAAACAAGGCAAAACUGGCUGCAAUCAUAGGCCUCUCAUCGAGCUGGGUACUCGGGAUCUUGGCGUCGGUUUUUGCUAUAUUGGUUCGAAAGAAAUGGGCCACCAUGUUCACUGAAGACCCGAAAAUCAUCGCCUUAACGACGAUGGUUUUGCCGAUACUCGGGCUGUGUGAGCUCGGAAACUGCCCACAAACAACAGUGUGUGGAGUUUUAAGAGGGACGGCGAGACCGAAAUUGGGAGCAAAAAUCAACCUGCGAUGUUUUUACCUUAUAGGCAUGCCGAUUGCACUGUGCUUGAGUUUCUUUGCAGGGUUUGAUUUCAAAGGUCUUUGGGUGGGCCUUGUAUUCGCACAAGGCUCGUGUAUGGUGGCCAUGUUGUUCACCGUGGCUCGAACCGAUUGGGAUUAUGAAGCCUGGAGGGCGCAACAACUCACCACAGCCAUCGCAUUUGAUGGUGAUGAUGAAGUUGAUUCUUCUGUCUCUAAAGAAUCUUGUUUUGGGUUAUUACAUGACGUGAACCAAAACGACUUACUUGUCUGAUUUG